AGGAGUAUUUGUCUUAAUCGCUCUUGGGUGAGUGACGUGUAUGGUGUUAGAGCGAGUGCGAGUGAGAAAAAUGCUCCUGAUCUGUCUAGUCUGUCACAUUGUACAGAAAACAAAGGAAAAUGUCUGUCGUUCAUGAAACGUGAAGAAAAGCAAAUUUAGAAGUUCGGUUGCAAAUUUCAUGAUAAACGUGAGUGUUUUAUAACGAAGAAGAAAAUUGUUUAUCACACACGCGUACGUUUAUUUUACCAACGGUUUGCAAAGAAUUGUGCCUUUGUCAUCUAUUCGGGAUUUUUUCCCCCAAAGUGAAAAUGAUUUCAAUAAAAACAGAAAACAAAAGGUGUGGUUAAAAGCUGAGAGAGGAAAAGAAGAUCUCUUACUGAAUGCCUACAUUUCACUAUUGUGUACCAGUGAGUCUGACGUACAAACCCGACGAGACAACAAGCGUUUAAAAGUUCCAAACAAACGGAUGUUGAGUUUUCCAAGUGAAUCUAAGCCAACUGGACUACAAGUUAGCAAUAAAAAGAAAAUGUCUAUGAAGCCAAAAGUGAAAGCCACAAGGAAACUCAAUUUUCAACAGCAAGAAGCGAAACAUCAACAAAAUCGAAGCAUUUUGGACAAGUAUUCAAACUUCAUGAACAGUCGUGAAGUAAUGACAGAUUCUGAAAAUUUAGAAAAUAUUGAUAAUCAUGAACGCAGAUUGGACUUAGAUGACACUUUUCUGAUUGAUCCACGAGAAAAGCACUAUUUUGAAACAGAAAUUUCUUUAUAUGAAAGUUCUCCACAAAGGGAAAAAAUCGCCAGACACAAAGAUAAUUCUGAAAGCAUGGACGUCAAUUCAAGGAGAAUAUCUGAAUCCAGGAGCCUCACCCAAGGAACUCCAGGAGUUUCAACAGCUCGAUCACGAUCUCUACCUUUAGAAUCUGAACGAACAAGGCCUACACAAGGGUUAUCAGCAGAAAGUAAUUGUACUCCUGUUCCAGUUCGUCCAAACCAACCACAAAUACAAGGAGAUGCACGAUAUAUACAUCUUGGUGCAAACACGAGAAUGCAUGUUGAUAUAUGGGAGACAAUUAAGUUACACUCAGACUCAAGAUUUGUUCGAGGAGUACUUCAAAAGCUAUCGGGAAUGGAAGAACUACAAAAAAAGUGUUUGGAUGAAGAGAAGGCAAACAAAGGAAAAGAAAAUAUCCCAGAAGAAGAAUACAGAAGACCAUUAACCCCCGAAAAGAUCGAAAUAUUGAAAGAUUGUCUUUACGAGAAAAUAAAGGAAUCUGGUGUAACGGGGAAAACGAGGGCCUUAAGAAUGAAAAAGUAGAGGUCUUACAUCAGGGAAAAACUUUAUGAAUUCGUCGGAGCCUAGAAAAAAAUCGGAUUCCUUAGUUUUGUACAUUGCCGUAAGAAUGAAAAGGUUGCGGUCUUACAUCAGCCAAAACUUUAUGACGUCCAUAGGAGCCUAGAAGAAAAUCGGAUUCCUUCGUUUUGGACUUUGCGUAGAUUUAAAAAAAGUUCAAGCAACCAGCAAUGUACCUGUGUACCUGUGUAGAGUUCAUUGUCUGUUUUUUAUAAGCAAGCGUUAACAUUAUACUUUUUAGUAUGAGAAAGUGAUAAAAGCAAGGAAAAAAUCUUAAUAUAAGUUAGUAUUGAAAACAUUGAUAUGUAUAUUCAUCUCUAAGCUUAGUGUUCUGCUAGUCUUAAGAUUGAGAAGAAAAGACUUUUAAUGUGUUAAAUCAGUGAGAUUCAUUUAUAACUAGGUUCGCGAUUUCCUUAAAAAGCUUAAGGUUAUAGUUUCAUCACAGUGGGCACAAUAUCUCACGACCCCGGACGAUAGAUUCUGAUAGAAAUUCAUUUCGAAUUAUUCCGAAAUCUGUAUCCGAACCAGCCCGAAUCAAUCGGAAACAAUCCAAAAAAAGUUCUACAUUUCGUUCGAUCCAAAUCAGUUGAAAAUUGAUCCGACCCAAUCCGAACCCAAUUUUCAAUCCAAAUAAAUCCGAAUGAAUCCGAACUCGGAUUGAGACAUACUGAAUUUUCAAUCUGAAUGAAUCCGAGUUCGGAUUGAAUUGGAUUCAUUCGGAUUGAAAUUCGGUUUAGAUCAAUCCGAGUUCGGAUUCAUUCGGGUUGAAAAUUUGGUUCUGACUGAUUCGGAUUGGAAGUUUGGAUUGAACCGGAUUGAGUCGGAUUAAUUUUUAACCGAUUUGGAUCGAACGAAAUUGAGAACUUUUUUCGGAUUGGUUCAGAAAGAUUCUGAUUGGUUCGGAUACAGUUUGCGGAAUGAUUCGGAUUGUUUCUGAAUGAUUCGGAAUGAAUUCCUAUCUAAAACUUUCCCCAGGGGUCUUUAAGACAUCGCUGAUUUCGUCUUUCGAUCUUUACGAUCGUCUUUACGAUGUUAUAAAGAUUUAUUCAAUUUUUGUACUCACUAGUAUAAUAUUUAAGGUUUAAAUGUUUUUGUUUUACAUAAAAUUAUUUAUGUAUAAAGUAUAAGAAGGGUCUUAUGUGACCGUAUGUUAACAACUUAUUUAGUUCGUUUAUAAAAAAUGUUUCAUACGAAACCUAAAGAAAAUAAAUAAUUUUUUCAAAA